GUCGGAACGUAUAACGUGCAACACCACGUCCGUUUCCGGUUUAUUGGGACACGUCACUUAUUCGACCGAGGAAAAGGUUUCGUGCAACAAAAUCCUGAGUAAUUUUCUGCUAAUUAGACGGCCAAAAUCAUGUCGAACUCAGUGAUAUCUGUUAUUUCUCGGUUUCUGGACGAGUACGGCACCACGACGCCCAACAAACUCAAAGUGGUGGACGCAUAUCUGCUGUACAUCUUGUUAACUGGAGCCCUGCAGUUCCUCUACUGUCUUCUCGUCGGCACCUUUCCAUUCAAUAGCUUUCUCUCGGGCUUCAUCUCUUGCGUGGGUGCUUUUAUUCUCGCAGUGUGUCUUCGUAUCCAGAUCAACCCACAGAACAAAGGAGAUUUUCUGUCCAUCUCCCCAGAGAGAGCCUUCGCCGACUUCCUGUUCGCUCACACCGUCCUCCAUCUCGUUGUGAUGAAUUUCAUUGGCUGAGGCAAACAUAUCACGACGAGAAGAAGUUAUUAAACUCCCCGCUGAUCUGGACUAUCCCAUCCUCACCGAAUAAGUCAGAUCUGGUCACAUACGAUGCAGUGCUAUUUUUUUUUUU